AUGAGAGACAAAAAUCUCUUCGACAAUGACGAUUCAUUUUCUUUGUUCAUUGUAGUUAUUCCCAAUAUUCAAAUCGAUGCUCGAUGGUCACAAAAGGGAAAGACGGUUGCUGGAGGUAAGGGAGAAGGCAAAGCUGAAAACCCACUCAACUGGCCUCAAGGUCUCUUCGUUGAUGAUGAUCAAACGAUGAUCAUUACUGACUUCUGGAAUGAUCGUAUCGUCCAAUGGAAGAUGGGUGAUACGACUGGACAAGUUGUAGCUGGUGGCAAGGGCGAAGGAAAUCGAUUGAAUCAAUUGAAUGGUCCAACCGAUGUGCUGAUCGACAAAGAGACUGAUUGUCUCAUUAUCUGCGAUUGGUGUAAUCAACGAGUCGUACGAUGGUCUCGUCGUAGUGACACAACUCAAAAAGAAAUCCUCAUUGACAACAUCGAUUGUUGGGGAUUGUUCAUGGAUGAUCAGAGAUAUCUCUACGUCUCUGACGACGAACAUGUAAGACGAUAUCAAAUAGGAGACAAGAAUGGAAUCAUCGUGGCUGGUGGAAAUGGCAAAGGUGCUGGUCUCAAUCAACUCAAAGAACCAACCUACAUCUUUGUCGAUCAACAACAGACUGUCUACGUGUCAGACAGCAACAAUCAUCGUGUAAUGAAAUGGAAUAAAGGUGCAAAAGAAGGCAUUGUCGUCGCUGGAGGUCACGGUCAAGGGAAUGCUCUGACACAAUUGUCGAAUCCUACAGGAGUAUUCGUCGAUACGUUGGGUACCAUCUAUGUGGCAGACUCGGGGAACAAUCGAGUGAUGCGUUGGCCUAAAGGAGCGAAAAAGGGCACUGUUAUUGUGGGUGGAAAUGGUUACGGAGAAGAAGCAAAUCAGUUCAACGAUCCCAUGGGUUUGUCCUUCGAUCGACAACGCAAUCUUUAUGUUGUCGAUAAGGAGAACAAUCGUGUUCAAUUUUUUUCAAUUCAAUAA